AUGGCUUCCGGUAAGAGGCCCGAACACCAAGCUCCUCCAGAAAUUUUCUACGAUGAAGUUGAAGCCAGAAAAUACACGUCGAAUUCCCGUAUGAUUGAAAUUCAAGAACAGAUGUCUGAAAGAGCCAUCGAGUUAUUGGCUUUACCUGAAGACACUCCCUGUCUUAUACUGGAUUUGGGUUGUGGUUCAGGUCUUAGUGGGGAAAGUUUAACUGAACAAGGUCAUAUAUGGAUGGGUAUAGAUAUAAGUAGUCACAUGCUUGAUAUUGCAUUAGAAAGAGAAGUUGAAGGUGAUGUGUUUUUGUCUGAUAUGGGACAAGGAAUGUUUUUCAGACCAGGCACGUUUGAUGGUGCUAUGAGUAUUUCUGCUUUACAGUGGCUUUGCAAUGCAGAUAAAAAGUCCCACAGUCCUCCCAAAAGGUUGUAUAGAUUCUUUAGCACGCUUUAUAGCUCUUUGAAAAGGGGCAGCAGGGCAGUCUUUCAGUUUUAUCCUGAGAAUUCAAGUCAGAUAGAAAUGAUUACAACACAGGCAAUGAAAGCAGGAUUUGGUGGGGGACUGGUGGUGGAUUACCCUAAUAGUACAAAAGCUAAAAAGAUGUUUUUAUGUUUGUUUGCUGGUGGGUCAACAACUCAACAAACGCUGCCAAAGGGUUUAGGUACAGAUACAAAAAUGUUUCCAAGUCAAGUAUCAUACAGUGAAUCCAGGGGAAAUGGAAAAAGGAAACGAGAAAGAAAAUCGGUCAAAAAAUCUAGAGACUGGAUUUUAGAGAAAAAAGAAAGGAGGCGUAGACAAGGAAGGGAUGUUAGACCAGAUUCCAAGUUCACAGGAAGAAGAAGAACCGGAAAGUUCUAAAUUUACAUUCGACUUCUUAUUUACAAAAUUUAGUCAAUAGUGUAUGACCAAAAAAAACCAAUAAAAUAUUUAAAUAAAACAU